CAGCAGGGCUGUUAGUUGUAUUGCAUUCCAAAAUGACGGACCCGUCAACGUCCCCAGAAAACCACUGGAAAACAGACGGUGCUUUCAGCGACAGUGGCUUUGACCAUAGUUUCUUUGCUGAAACUGCCAGAAAGGGUACCGUCGUGUCUAGGGCCAACAGCAUCGGUUCGACAAGUGCCUCUUCAGUACCAAACACAGAUGAUGAAGACAGUGACUACAGGCGUGAGACAUCAUAUAAAGACGAGUAUAAAGAUCGACGGAGACAAGCACACACACAGGCUGAGCAGAAGCGUAGAGAUGCUAUCAAGAAAGGCUAUGAUGACCUCCAGGCAAUAGUGCCAACCUGCCAGCAGCAGUCUGAAUUUGCAGUGGGAGCGCAGAAGAUCAGCAAGGCUACUAUUCUGCAGAAAACAAUUGACUACAUCCAUUUUCUUCAUAAAGAAAAGAAGAAGCAAGAGGAGGAAGUUUCUGUACUAAGGAAAGAAGUGAUGGCAUUGAAGAUCAUGAAAACGAACUAUGAGCACAUAGUGAAGGCCCACCAGGACAACCCACAGCAGGGAGAUCAGGUGUCUGACCAGGUCAAGUUCAACAUCUUUCAGAGCAUCAUGGACUCCCUGUUCCAGUCUUUCAGCACUUCUGUGUCAGUGAACAGCUUCCAAGACCUCUCUGCCUGUGUUUUUAGCUGGAUUGAGGAGCACUGCAAACCACAGACGCUGAGGGAGUUUGUCGUUGGAGUGCUCCGGCAGCUCAGCGGUCAGCUUUAUUGAUCGAGUGAAACCUCUGGACUGAAGUCCCAGACUUUG